AGAAGCCGCGGCGUGCGAAUGCUUCAAAGGUGAUUGAUAACAGUUCUCUCUGAGGAGCCAGAAAGCAGGCAGCUCAUGACUUCUGAUCAGGACACUAAAGUUGUGGCUGAACCGCAGGUGCAGCAAGUACAAGAAGUUAAAGAUAGUUCUCAUCUGGAGUCAGCUAAGGUUUCCGAACUAAAUCCUAAUGCAAAAGUAUGGGGGAAUCAUAUGUUACAUGUGGAAGCAAGUGGUGCUACUGAUGGUGGUGUGAGCAAUACUUGGGAAGAAAUACCAGAUCAUCCGCCAGAUUCCUGCAAAGAAGGGCUGGAAGCCAAUGGUGAUGGUGACAAAAAGCACCAGAAUGAAUCAUUGACUGAACUUCAGGAACCAUCACUGACAGCUCCAUUGUCAGACCAGACAGAUAUGAACCCUUUGGGUUUAGAUCAUUCAGAGUAUGAAUCUAUGCAUGAAAAUACGCAGACAGGAAGUAAAGAACAGCUGCAGCCAGAAAGUCAAGAAGAUUUGCGAGAAGUGCUCAAAAAAACACUGGAGUUCUGUUUAUCUCGAGAGAACCUUGCCAGUGAUAUGUACCUUAUAUCUCAGAUGGACAGUGAUCAGUAUGUGCCAAUAAUGACUGUAGCAAACCUUGAUCACGUCAAGAAGCUGAGUACUGAUUUGGAUUUGAUUGUUGAAGUCUUGCGAUCCUUGCCUUUAGUCCAAGUGGAUGAGAAGGGUGAGAAAGUCAGGCCAAACCAGAAUCGCUGCAUUGUGAUUUUACGUGAAGUACCUGAAUCUACUCCGAUUGAAGAAGUUGAAGCACUCUUCAAGGGAGAUAACUUGCCUAAAUUUAUCAACUGUGAGUUUGCCUAUAACGACAACUGGUUUAUUACAUUUGAGUCUGAAGCAGAUGCACAACAGGCUUACAGAUAUCUUAGAGAAGAAGUGAAAAUCUUCCAAGGAAAACCAAUUAAGGCAAGAAUAAAAGCAAAGGCUAUAGCUAUAAAUACAUUUUUGCCAAAGAAUGGAUACAGACCUCUGGACAUGAAUAUCUACACACAACAGCGUUACACAACAUCAUUUUACUUACCUCCAGUCUACAGUCCCCAACAGCAGUUUCCCCUCUACAGCUUAAUUGCCCCACAGACAUGGUCAACAACACACAGCUAUCUUGAUCCAUCACUGGUAACGCCAUUUCCAAAUACUGGAUUUAUCAAUGGUUUUACUUCUCCCACUUUCAAGCCUACCGCUUCUCCGCUGACUUCACUCAGGCAGUAUACUCCCAGAAACAGAAAUCCUGGCAAAUCGCAUCUACGGCAUACAAUACCCAGUGCAGACAGAGGGGCUGGACUUUUAGAGAGCCCUACAAUAUUUAAUUUUUCAGCCGAUCGCUUAAUCAAUGGUGUCAGAAGCCCACAAACAAGGCAGCCUGGGCAAAACAGGACACGAAUGCAAAAUACUACAAGUUAUACCAAGCGGGAAGUAGGUAGUGGACGAGUGGAACCUACUGCUUCGGACUCGUCCCCAAGCUUAGGUAGAGGAAGAAAAAACUCAUAUGGCUAUCGGAAGAAGAGAGAAGAUAAGUUUACGAGAGGACAGGCACAGUCUCCACCCCCUCCAAAGCCUCCGUCUCCUAGUUUUGAGUUGGGGCUGUCCAGUUUUCCUCCAUUGCCUGGAGCUGCUGGUAACCUAAAGACAGAAGAUUUGUUUGAAAAUCGGUUAUCAAAUGUGAUUGUUACAACAUCAAAGGAAAAGAACCUUAACAUCAGUGCAAAUGCAAACGCUGUUCCAUCAGGACUGCCUCGAGAGCCUUUAUUGCCAGUCUCUUCUGCUGUGCCCGGGACAUUUGAAAGGACUCCUUCCCCAACCCAGCCUCCUGAUUGCAGUGACCCCAAAGUUGUGGAAAAACAGCAGAAGGAAACACAAAAUACUGAAAGACUUUCUUCUGUACUCACUACUGCUUGUAAAUCAGUACAAGUAAACGGGGGUGCUGUAGCUGAAUUACGAAAACCUAGUUACGCAGAGAUCUGCCAGAGAACAUCGAAGGACCCACCUCCGUUGCAGCCCCCGAAAGAACAGAAGCCAAACCACAUCGCCUGUGGGAAAGAUGAAAGGAAGCCUGCAGAAUCCCUAGAGAGGAGCAAAGAACCCCCUCCGGCGAAGUCGAAUCCAGGGCAGCCCAAAGACCAGCGGAGACUGUCAGGACGCAGGUCACCCCCUCCAGCCAUUGUGAAACGCCUGACGAAAGAACAGAGCACCCCUCCAAAAUCACCUCAGUGAAAUUAGUGUUCAAAAAGAAGUUCAAUAAUAAUAAUAAUAAUAAUUCUCACUAUGAAGUAAACCUAUGUGGCCACUCAGAAUACACAGAAUGAGUUGCUGGUUAGGAGCUUGCAUUGGGUAUGAAAAUCUAUGAAAUGCCUGCAAGGUUUUAGUUUUUGUUUGUUUUGUUUUCCUUGUAAAGUAGAUUGCGCCUCCAGUUCUUUUGCUCUCUCUCCCACAUCCUUGAGCAAACAGUCUAUUCGGUCAGGGUUUAAUUAAUCUAAACCUUACAUUUUGGGUGGUGCUGAACUGGGGGUAAUGCCUAAAAUCUCUUUUCGUUCUUGCUUCUAGAUGGAAGAUGCAUUUACCUGAAAAAUCAAUUUUUUAUUAAGCCUCCAUGUGGCUGUGUGAAUACAGGCUCUGUCUCAUGAGUUGUUUUUUUCCUGAUCUACUAAGCAGAAUUGUGCUGCUCUUGUUUUUAAAAAACUGAUCUGUUAAAUACAUAUCUUCUUUUAAAAAAACACAGAAGACUAAUAAUAGCAGCUAAUGUGUAGAGCGCAAAGGAAAACAGGUUUUAUAAGACUAGUUUCACUUUUUCUUUUAAAAUUCCAGCUGCUGUAGGACAUCAGCAAAUAAACUACUUUUUUAAGUUGGGGAAAAAUGGAUUCUGAUGUUUUAAAAUGAAACCAUUUUUGUUUCGGGCCAAAUUUGAGGUUCCAUAAAGAUGAGUAGUGAGGAUACUCUAACCUGUUUGUUUUGAUGGACUGCAAGCAAGUAACCAGCUUCUCAAUCCCGGAUAAAAGGGUUCCUUGAAUUUCACGAAAAGGAAAAAAAAAAAGCACAUUGUGGAUAAAAAAAAUUAAAUACAUAAGCCCUUGUAAAUGGCAGAUGUCGGCUAACAGCUGUUUUUCAUGAGAUAGCACAGUGGCCAUCUUGUGAUGAGGAUCUCCCUUUUUUCCCUGAAGCCAGAGCAAAUUGCUUUCUGGUUCCCCCCCCCCUCCGUACUCCAUGUAGGUUUUUAAAACAAUGCUCAAAGUGCUCUUCGAAAGAGUUCAUAUCUUAAUCAGCCUAAGUGCUGACACUUUUCUGUACCUACAAACAUUGGCAUAUGGAUUUAAUUUUUUUUUCCAGUCCAUGACAUAACGGAGUUCUUUUUUUGUGUGUGUGCGUGUGCAUAUAUGGUGAAGGAAGAGAUCCCUUGUUUCUGUCUGGAGUGAGUUUUGUCACACUUAUUUACUUUAGACGUGACAUGCUUUCUGAAGGACACGGAUGCACUAAAUUAACAAGUUUCUAAUAAAGUUGAAUAUAAAUUAUUUUUGUUUUAAAAUGCCUAAAGUUUUUCUUUGAGUGUUUAAGCAGCUGAUGGUUCGGAUGAAAAUGUAUUCCUGCUGAAUACAAUUUAUUCCACACACAAAAAGGUUUAUUUAAACAACUGAUUUUUUAAAGAAUUAUUUCCAUCCAAUAUUUAAAGACUUGAAUUUUAUUUAAACUUGAAAAUGACUUUGCCUUAACUUUUGUAUAAGACAGCUUAGAGUUACUGAAAUCUGACCCCUCCAAGGGUUAGUGCGGGUGGCAUAUACAGAAUUACUCAGUUACAGUAUGUAUGUAUUGUCACUGGUCUUACUGGGUAAACAUACUGUAGUACAGGUAGUAGCGGCAGUUUUUGUAAAAUACCUUAAAAGAUCUUAAGCAGUUGAUCUUUUUCAAAAUGUUGAAAAAAAAUCUGUAAAUGGGAAUAGUCAAUACUGUAUUAAAUAUGUGCACUUGGAAGUGUGUGCUUUUGCUUGUACAGGUGUAAAUAAUCAGAACAUAUAAAAAGGUACCAUUAAAAAACUGAUAAAAAUUAUUGAUAUAUUAUAAAUGUUGCUGUUGAGAUGGAUGUAGAUAAACUAAAUGUUGUGGUUUGAAUAUUACUUUAAUUUGUUUUUUUUUCCUUUGUUUCUUUUACUUUUAUCUGAUGUGCUGAGCUGAUUCUGCCUCUUCACUGCAAAAGGGAAUUGGAGAACGUCUGGCAUUUUGAAAAAAAAACUACAUGGAAGUGUGCAUUUUUCAACCAGUGUGACAUAGGGUUGUGCAACAUAGUUUUGAUUUGGUGUUACAGCCCACGGCUGUUAAGAACCAAAUUGGAAGGAAACAACAUUGCAGCAAAAAAAAAAAAGGAGCUCCAGAGUUUCCUCAGCCAUUUUCCUGAGGCCACAAGGUUGGCAAGUGACACAUGCUGGAUAGAGGCGGAACACCCAGGGCAGUUGAUUUCCAAAUAGGUUGCUGCUGUUUUAAUUGUCCUCUUCACAAAAGAGUCAACAAAACAAGCCAACAAAAGCCCACGAGCCUGCCUUUUGCAUUGCAAAAGGUAACAGGAGCAGACUGAGCCUGUUUGUUGCUUUCUGUGAAGACACAGCAGGAGAUGGAGACUCUCCCGACAGAAGUCACCAGAUGAGUUCUGUUGUUGGGUUUUAAUGGUUGCCAGAAGAGCCCUGAGAAAUGGCGGCUAAACCUGAGGUGCUGUUUCGGCCAAGUGUCGGAUUGUUCCGUUUGCCUGUUGAAAGCCUGAAGGGAACAGCUGCAAAGAAAGCAGGAAGUAGUCCCAGCUAAAGUGUACAAGCUAAUCAUGGCUGCUUGAAAUAUUCAAGUGAACAUAGGCAGACUAGCAGGGAGGUUAUACUGUUCUGAUGCAUUAUGCUGCUGCUGCUUGUACUAGGUUAAUACACUGUAAUUCUCACCCAAAUAACAAUCUAUGUAAAGAAUUUUUAAACUCUACUGUGAGAGCAUUUUUAAAAGCAAAAAAAAAAUGUUAUGCCAAAUACCUUAUCCAAUCACUUUGAUAUUUAUCUAGACAAUAUGGGGCUACUGGAACAAAAACUGAUAUCACACGCACUGUUUACAUACAAUAAUUCAAAUCUGUUUUUUUGUUUUAAAUGCACCCCUGAAAUCUGAGUUGGAAGUUAAAAUGAUAAGAAACCAAUGCAAUUUGGCUUUUUAAAAAAAAGUAGGAUAACUUUGCUCUUUAUAGGCAAGUUAUGAGUCAUGUUCUUCUGAGAUUUCCUCAAGGAACGCAUUUAAAACAAGGAUUUUGUUUCCUAAGGCUUAAGAUGUACAAUAAUUCCCAUUGGGAUAUCUUACCUGCCCCUACCCCACCUCAAAUUUAUGUUCUGUUCUAGAGCAGCCAGUGAACUGUUGAGUUCAAAUUUUAAAUAUUAUUAUUUUUUUUGUUGUUCUUCAUUUUUCUGCCUCUCAUUGGAAGACAUAGUGAGUUGGCAAAGAGAUGACCUUGCUUGCAAGUAUAACACGGUGGAUCGUGAACAACCGCUGCCUGUAAGGGCCCACUUGACACACACUAUGCCUUGCAGCUAGCUGCAGUUCUCAUGUGUUGUGUAACCUCUUACACUGAUAGCAGCAGACAAUCGAAGACAUGUGCAAGCUAACAGCUGCCCAUCAUGAAACAGAAGGUGUAAUAUGGAGGCCUUUUUUUCUGAGCGUGUUUUGUUUUUUUGUUUUUGUUUUGUUUUUCCAUUUAAGACUGGAAUCAAGCUUACAUGUAAACUAUUGGUAAUUUAAGUUUCCUUUUGUGUCAUAAAAGUGUACAACUGUCUAAAUAUGUAGGUUAUGAAAAAUAAAGAUUUAGGCACUGUUGAAAUUCUCUUUUUUUAAAUUAAACUUCUUACAACAGUA